AUGGACCCAGGGAGCUCGCGUGAAAUGUCGACCGACGAGGAGUGCCCUAAGCCGGCCGGUGUGCGGGAGGAGACCCCGGGGGAAGAGUCGAAAGGUGGAGAGGGGCGCACCGUAAUGUUGAGGCGAAGAGGAGUGGAUGAAGACCCCGCGGAGGAGGUAAAAGCGCAGCGUGAGGAUGACGGUGAUGAUGCUGAAAGCCAGAUGAAAACUGGAGAGGAGGAAGAUGCUGGCAAACACGAAGAGGAACUAGACCCAAGAAUUCAGGAGGAGCUGGAGCAUCUCAACCAGGCCAGUGAAAUGAUCAACAAGCUGGAGCUGCAGCUGGAUGAUGCCAGGUCCAGCUACAGGAGGAUUCUUACUGAUUCUGCCAGGAAGCUCAAUGCCCAGGGCUCCCAGCUUGGUCCCUGCAUUGAGAAAGCAAGGCCCUACUAUGAAGCUCGCAGACUUGCUAAAGAGGCCCAACAGGAGACUCAGAAGGCAGCUCUGAGGUAUGAGAGGGCUGUGUCCAUGCACACUGCUGCCAGAGAGAUGGUGUAUGUGGCAGAACAGGGCCUCUUGGCAGACAGGAACACCAUGGACCCAACCUGGCAGGAGAUGCUGAACCACGCCACUUCCAAGGUGAAUGAGGCGGAGGAGGAGCGCCUCCGCAGUGAGCGGGAGCACCAGCGAGUCACACAGCUCUGCCAAGACGCCGAGGCUCGAGUCCAGACCCUCCAGAAAGCCCUGAAGAAAGUCAUCCUCAAAUCCAAACCUUACUUUGAACUCAAGGCUCAAUUCAAUCAUAUUCUGGAGGAACAUAAGGCUAAAGUAGUACAGCUGGAAGAGCAGGUGGCGAAAGUAAAAACAUGUUACUCUGUGGCCCUGCGGAACCUGGAACAGAUCAGCGAGCAGAUCCAUGCACAGAGGGGGAGAAUCAGGGCCAACAGGGGGCGUCCUGCUGUCUGUGGAGGUCGGAGCUCCCCCGUAGGUGCUGAGGCUGAGUUCAGAGCCACCAUCGGGAUUCAAGUCAGUAGCUGUGUGGGAGUCGGUGGGAUAGAGAGUGACUGGGCGGGCGGUGAAAAGACCCGUCUGUGGGUAGAGAGGCACAGAGAGAGCGGCUGGGGCCAGAGGGAGCAGCUGGAGGUGGAGCAGGCCGGCUCAGACUGCAUGUCAGUCAUCAGCUUGCAGACCAUCGCCUCCGACCUGGAAAAGUGUGACUCGGUGGAGCACCUGGGUGACCUAAGCGAUGCUGGGAGCUUACUGGGUGAGGAGUGGGACUGCAACAGGAAGCCCAGUGAGAGGCCAGUAAGCAGAGUGGUGACCAACGAACCCCAGCAGGAGAGGGCCCACCAGGAGAAGGGAGCGGUUAGUAAAGAGAAGCAAGACAGUUUCGUCAAGCAGCAUCAUAGAAGUGUUAGUCUUUGA